AUGUCGCUGCUGAGGCGCCUGUCGCUGAAGGCCCUCCGAUCGGGGCAGACGAGGGGCGGCGGAUUCCCGGGGGGCUUCUGGGCGGAUGGCCAGCAGACGGGCCGCAACGGGGUCCUGUUCGGGGAGACGCCCCCACCGCCGGGCCAACAGCGGAAGUGGGAGAGCUGGGAGGCGACAUGGUACCUGACGUUUGGUAUAGCAACAGUGAUGCUUGCCGUUGGCUUGAAUGCUGCACCAGACAGUCGACUAGAGACGUGGGCAAGGAAGCAAGCCGAGAAAGAGCUGGAGCAAGAGCUGGGAAAAGAGAUCGUCAGAAAGCCAGAAUGGCAUAAAACCAUCUGA